CCCCACGUUUUCUAAUGCACCCUUGAAAAGUUGAACAAAGUUUCAAUUUUUUUUCUCUCCGACACGCUGGGUCCUCUACCUCUUGUGCGUUCUUUUCUCAUCUCCCAAAGCUCAAAUCGGUUGUGAAUGGUAGAAACCCUAAGCAACAGCGAUUACAUGCGCCCCCUUCUUCCUUCAAGGGCGAGCGCAAUCCUCCCCGUUUCGUCUGCAUCUGCAUUCGCAUUCGGCUCUUGCAAGGAAGGCUGGUACUACCGCUGCAUCGGCCUCGACCCCUGAAUUCUCUCACGCCGAUUUAACAAACCCUAAUUUCCCCCCUUUUCUUUUGCGACGGGAAUCCACAUUCUUUGGUUCUUUUUCUUCACCCGAUCGGUGAUCGCUACAGAUCCGGGCUAAGGGAUUCGUCUCCGAUCGGUGAAUUCUUUUAAUUGUGUGCGUGUGUUGUUUUCGUUUUUUUCUUUCGAUUGAUUUCAAUAAAAAAAAGAAGAGGAAUUUGAGAGAAAGAGAAAAGAAAAGAUGUUGCUGAGCAAGCAGAAGAAGAACAACCAGAACGCGAACGUGAGGAGGCUUCUGAUAAGCAUCAACGUGCUUGGGAGCGCGGGUCCGAUUCGGUUUGUGGUGAAUGAGGGAGACCUUGUUGCGGCGGUCAUCGACACCGCCCUUAAGUCCUACGCCCGCGAGGGGAGGCUCCCUGUUCUUGGCACCGACACCGCCGGAUUCGCCCUCUACUGCCCCCUUGUUGGAUCUGAUGCCCUGAGUCCUUGGGAGACAAUUGGAUCACACGGAGCAAGGAACUUCAUGCUAUGCAGGAAGCCGGAAACAUCUUCGAGGCGUGUGGCAGAUGCUGAUGCAAGUGAGACCACAACCACCCUCUCACGCAGAGGCAGCGGCAGCUGGAAGGCCUGGUUCAACAAGUCCCUCAACCUUAAGAUUUCUUCCCACUGAGUGCUUGAGAGUUUCAACGAAUUCAUUGUCGUUCAAGUCUUACAUCAUUGUUCUUCUUUCAUGUUUUUUUUUUAUUAUUAUACUGGUUGGUUUUCUCUUGUUCUCACUAGCCUGGGAACUCACUCUCUUUAGUGAAUUUUAAUAAUAAGCUUUGAUAUUUAGGGUUUCGAUCUUCAUUGGAAUCAGAAUUGAUGUUAUUCAACUGUUAAGUGUAAUAUGCUGAGGAAUAUUCCGUUAGCGCAAAGUGAAAAUGCCUGGGCUAGUUGUGUUGUUUUUUCU